AUGCGUGAAAAACGAGUGGCAGAUGAGCCGACGACGUCGUCACGACCACCGAAAACAUCCAGGAAGAAGAUAUUAGAAGACGUCACACCCCGAAAACGUCAUCCACUUUUCUCGAAAUCCACAAUUCCGAAAUUCCGCGGCGACUACGAUAUCACUACGGAAUUCACGAAAGAGGCGAAUAAAAAGAAGGGAGAAGAAGGUGCGGUGGCGGAUCGAACACGGCGGAAGAAGGCGUCAACGCAGGAUCGAAUCCAGAAAGUCAUGAAAAUCGGCCAGAAAAAGCGAGGAAAAUAA